GCAUGCGCACUUCCUUGUAUCGUUUGUUGACAGCAGGCAGACGCUGCGCGGCACCCGAAUGAAUCAAUGAAGAAACACCUAAAGCUUUCGUAGCUGUUCAAUAAAUGACAUGCUUUAUAAACAUUUUCUCUUUCGUACGAGCACUUAAACGUGCAAGAUCACCUGCUAGUCCGACGACUACCCUGCUAUAUGUAGAUGAAGUAAAGCUAAGUUAAACACACCACAUCAACAUGGCACACUGGAGCACCUUCGACAAGGAGACAGAAAAGGAAACCAAGAAGUUGAUCAAAUGUAUCAGUGGGGUCGAGGACGAGGAGGACCAGAACUUUCAGAUGGCAAUGAAAUUUGCCUGGACGAAUUUUAAAUUUCAUCGCUUCUUGGACGUCGACAGCCACAAAGUGCAACGCAAUAUUAGUGGAAUCUACGAAAAGCUCAUGGUCCACUCAGACUUGAGUAAAGCAGGAAGCUGGAUGAGGUUGACUGACGAGUUCCUGAACUCACCGUUGCCAAAUACAGAUGGAACAAAGACUGAUGCACACUACAGCUUACUGUCACUGCUGCUCUUCUUAUCGGGGUCCCCCUCAAACACAAACUUCACUGAGACACCCCGGGUGAAGGAGGCAGAAGAAGAGGAUAACUUCGACUGGGCCAGUUAUCUGAUAGAGGGUGAGGACAUUGACAAUGGACCGUAUCCAGAUACUCCUGAGUGGUCUGAGGAGGAGAGCGAGGACGAUGACAGCCAGCAGCCAAUCAGCAGAGAGGACUCCGGGAUCCAACUGGACAGAACUCCACAGGAAGACCAGGACAACAACAACAAGACAGUUCCAGUUACAUGGACAGUGGGUGAGCCUGACGCCCGGGUCUGGCUUGAGCAGCACGUGGUGACACCGUACUGGGUGGCUCAUGCACCGCGUUUUCCUCACAGCUUACAUUUACACUCCAACCUGCUCAACGUGUGGGAUCAGCACUUGUACAACACUGACCCUUUGUAUCUACCAGAAGAGAAGGCUUUUGUCACAGAAUCACAAGUGAUACGGGAGACAUUGUGGCUUCUCUCUGGGGUGAAGAAACAUUUUAUUUUUCAACAUCAUGAUGGAAAAGUGUCAGUGAGGAACAACGUGGUGGUGACUCACCUCACCAGCAACUGCCUGCGCUCUGUGCUGGAGCACAUCGCCGUGUACGGGCAGGCCGUGUCCCGGCUGCAGAGGUUCAUAGACGAGGUGACGGGGUACAGCUCGGAGCCCAGCCCACCCAGCUCCUGUUCCUCCUACAGCUCAAAGAAGGGCUCGGAGCCUCCCUUCAGGACCUACCAGGCCUUUGUGUGGGCGCUCAACAAGUACUUUACAGGCUUUAAAGAGGAGCUGACCACGAUAGAGAAGGAGCUCAUAUGCAAUGAUGAGACAGUUACUCUGUCUGCAGUUCUGGAGCGACUCAACCCUCACCUGGCACAGAUCAAAGUCCUGCACAAAGUCUUCUGCACCGGGGUCGCCGAAGUCCCCCCCGAGACCCCGAAUGUCGUGCGGGCCUCUCACUUGUUGAACACCCUGUACAAAGCCAUCAUUGAGUACGACAGCGUUGGGGAAGCUUCGGAGCAAGCAGUUGCGUUGUUAUUCUCUCUGUGGACAGAAACGGUGCGACCAUAUCUGGAGAUAGUCGAUGAGUGGAUUGUUCAUGGUCACCUUUUUGACCCUGCAAAGGAGUUCAUCAUCCAGAGAAACAAGGACGUCCCGGUGAACCACAGGGACUUCUGGUACGCCACCUACACGCUGUACAGCAUUUCUGAGACGGUGGAGAACGAGGAGAAGCUGAACGACGCAGCCAGCGGGAGCUCGGGAGGAGAUCAGGGCUCCCACAGCAGGCAGCUCACCAUGGUGUCCUUCCUCAAACCUGUGCUCAAGCAGAUCAUCAUGGCGGGGAAAUCGAUGCAGCUGUUAAAAAAUCUGGACUGCAAAGAGACUGAACAGUCCGAUAGAUCCUCCAGAGACGCAGAGAGGAAGAGUUUGUACACACUGUUUCUGGAGUCGGUGCAGUCCCGUCUCUGCAGCCAGGACGAGUCGCCCACAGACACGGUGACGGAGCAGCAGGCCACUAAAAGGAGCCUCAUAAAGAUGCAGUCCAUCAUAGCUCAGCACCUGCAGAUCGAAGACGUCCACGACCCGCUGUUGGCAAUCAACUUUGCCAGGCUGUAUUUGGAGCAGAGCGACUUCCACGAGCGUUUCUCUGGGGGCGAUUUCAUCGUGGACCGGUCGUCUCAGUCUGUCACCUGCCAAACGUUUGAGCUCACCCUGCGCUCCUGCCUCUACCCGCACAUCGAGAGGAGGUACAUCGAGUGCUGCGGGAACCUCAUGAAGACUCUGAAAAAAGACUACAAACUGCUGGAAUACCUCCAAGCCAUGAGGAACUACUUCCUGCUGGAAGCCGGAGAUACCAUGUAUGACUUUUACACAGCCAUCUUUGACAAAGUGCAGGAAAAGGAGAGCUGGCAGCAGCUGUCUUUCCUCAACGUCCAGCUGCAGGAGGCUGUUGGACAGCGCUACCCUGAGGACAGCAGCAGGUUGUCAAUCUUCCUGGAGAACAUGGACCCUGCCAGGAAAAAGCAUCCUGUAAAUAAUCUAGAGGUUCUCACUCUGAGUUACAAGGUUCCCUGGCCUGUUGAUAUCGUGAUCAGCUCGGAGUGUCAGAAGAUCUACAAUCAAGUGUUUCUCCUGCUGCUGCAGAUUAAAUGGGCCAAAUACAGUUUGGACACGCUUCGAUUCAGUGAUUUCACAGCCGUCACUAAGAAGCUGGAGGGAGCUCUGGCUGAGGAAGUCAAAGUCAAAGAGCAGAUUAAUCAGCAGAUUCACCGAAUGUGUCUGCUGAGGGUCAAACUGAUGCACUUUGUCAACAGCCUUCACAACUACAUCACAACCAGGAUUCUGCACAGCACUGGGCUGGAGUUUCAGCAUCAGGUACAGGAAGCAAAGGACUUGGACCAGCUGAUUAAGAUCCAUUACAGAUAUCUGGCCACCAUUCACGAUCGGUGUCUGCUGAGGGAGAAGGUCAGUUUUGUGAAAGAGGCGAUAAUGAAGGUUCUCAAUCUGGUCCUCAUCUUCUCUGACCGAUGGCAGGCUGGAUUUGGAGCCUGGAAGAUUGAGUCAAUCGAUAAAAUGGAAUCAGAUUUUAAGAACUGUCAUAUGUUCCUGGUGACGAUCCUCAACAAGGCAGUUUGUCGAGGCUCCUUCCCUCACUUGGAGUCUCUGGCUCUCUCUCUGAUGGCCGGGUUCGAGCAGUGCUGAGGUUGCAUGUGUCUGUUUUGAAGUGAUGGACUGAACUCCUCUGUCUGUUUGGUGACUGCUGUCAUUGUCUGUGAUGAUGUGUACCAUAUGAUGGUCACUCUGUGUCUGCUCUGGCUGUUCAGACGUGAUGUAGGAGGAUCAUCAUUUAGGGCCGCAGUCACACCAGCUGCUUGUGAACAUACAUUAGCUGCUUUGUUUAUAAAGUUACAACUUUUUGUACAUUGUGUUUUUUUUAAGGAGCUGUUAAUAGUGUGUAUAUGUAAAGCACAAAAUGAUCUUGCACAAUCAUCAAUGCAUAUGUCAUGUGCCAUUGCUUUGUAAUAAAAGUUUGAAGACUUGAA